AUGGUCCGCUUCCUCAGUGAUGAGCGCAGAGCCCCAAUCCCUAACACACAACCCCUACUCGUAAUCGGCGCCGGUCUUCCCCGAACAGCAACAUCCUCCCUCCAAGCUGCCUUAGAAGAAUUAAACAUGGGCCCCUGCCUUCACAUGGCACAAAUAAUCCCCCACAGUUCACAACAAGAGCUCUUAAUCGCCGCCACAUAUACCAAAGACGCGGCAACACGGCAAAAACAACUCUACACCCUAAUCUCCGGCUACGCCGCAGUAUGCGAUAUGCCUGCUGUCUUCUUCCUCCCUGAUUUAAUGGACAUGUACCCGGAUGCACGGGUAAUUCUGACAACGCGGCCUAGCGCGGAGACGUGGGCGGAGAGUUGUGGGCAGAGUCUGAGGUUCUUUUUUACGGGUAUUUUCGCUGUUCUUGGGUUUCUUUGGAAGACUGAACGGCUGUGGUAUAGGCUUAAUAUGAGGAUUUUGGUGUGGGGUAAGGAGAAAUUUGGGGAGGAGGUGGAUAUCUUCUCGACUGUCGUUUAUGACAGGUAUAAUGAGCUUGUUAGAGGGGUUGUUACAGAACGCGGGGGAAAGAUUUUGGAAUUUAAGGCGGAGGAUGGAUGGGAGCCGCUUUGUGAGUUUCUUGGCAGAGAUAUUCCUGUGAAGAAAUUUCCGAGGGUUAAUGAGAGGGAGACUUUUGCUUUUAUAAAACGGGUUUUGAUUGUGAAGGGGGUUGUUAGUUGGAUAGCGCUUGGGGGGUUGGUUUGGUUGGGGUGGAUGUAUGGACUGGCUUUAGUUGCAUACUUAGGUCCCAACCUAGGUAUGUAG